GCGCAUUCUUUCUUUUCCGGUUGGGCUAGGUCCACAGACCGCGACCCCAAAAUGGCGAGUCGGGGCACAGCCUCGGGAAGCUAGAGGGGUCGGGUGGGGGAACAGUUCUUCAAGGCCCCCGCGCUCCCGAGCUCGGAGCUUCCGUCACCAGGCCCGGAGAGGCGCGGGAACCGGGCGCUCCCUCCCCGAGGCGGCGGGGAAGGCGUAGCAACACUGUAGCCAAGUUGAGGAAGAGGGAAGUGGCGUCCGCGGAAGCUCGGGCUGGGCAGAGUGCUCUUGGGGAGAAGAUCCACUCAUUGGUUUUAUACCAAGCCUGACAAGGCCUCAGUUGUCAAAGGUGGCACCAGGAGAAUGUCACACAUAGGAAUAAAACUGUUCCUAGAGCAAAUGAUGAUGAGACAUCUGGAGGUGAAUGCAUGCUUAUACCCACACAUGGAGGCUUUGUGGGAGUCUAAGGGGUCCGUGAAAGAGAGCUCCAGUGAGAGUCAGAAAUCCAGCCCAGAGAUGGACAGUCUUGGUCCUGAGACCGCUCGCCAGCACUUCCGGAGCUUCUAUUAUCAUGAAGCACCUGGACCCCUUGAGGCUGUCAGCCAACUUCAGGAAUUAUGCCACCAGUGGCUGAGGCCAGAGACCCACUCGAAAGAGCAGAUCUUGGAACUCCUGGUGCUAGAGCAGUUCCUGUCUAUUCUGCCCAGGGAUACCCAGAACUGGGUGCGGAAGUAUCAUCCACAGAGCAUCAAAGAGGCUGUGGCCCUGGUAGAGCGCUUUCAGAGAGAACGUGGUGGAAUAAGUGAUGAGAGCUUAUUGACAUUUGAAGAUGUGGCUGUGUUUUUUUCUGAGGAAGAAUGGAAAUUACUGAACCCUACUCAGAAGAUCCUUUACAGUGAUGUAAUGCAGGAAAACUAUGAGACUGUCAUCUCUCUAGGGUUAAAGCUCAAAAAUGACACUGGAAAUGACCAACCUAUAUCUCUUUCUACAUUAGAAUUACAAGCAUCAGGAUGCAAAGUAUUAAGAAAGGCCAGAGUGAAAGUUGCCCAGAAAACAACAGGCAAAGAAAAUCAUGAUGGUACACGCAGGGUCCAGAAACGGCACCAAGCUUUUCUAGGGAGGAAAAGAAAGAAACUUUCAACCUGUACACAAGCGCUUCCAAAACAUAUGGAUCUUCAUGGGAAAGGCCAUGCAGGAGAGAAACCUUUUAAGUGUCAGGAAUGUGAGAAAAGCUUCAGAGUUAGCUCUGACCUUAUUAAGCACCAGAGAAUUCACACUGAAGAGAAGCCCUAUAAAUGUCAACAGUGUGAUAAGAGGUUUAGAUGGAGUUCAGAUCUUAAUAAGCACUUAAUGGCACACCAAGGAAUAAAACCAUACAGAUGCUCAUGGUGUGGGAAAAGCUUCAGUCACAAUACAAAUCUACACACACACCUAAGAAUUCAUACAGGCGAGAAGCCCUUUAAAUGUUAUGAAUGUGGGAAAAGAUUUAUUCAGAACUCUCACCUUAUUAAGCACCAGAGAACCCACACAGGUGAGCAGCCAUAUACUUGUAGCAUAUGCAGGAGAAAUUUUAGCAGGCGGUCAAGCCUUCUUAGACACCAGAAACUCCACAGAAGAAGGGAAUCCUGUUCAGUACCUCCAGUCUGAAGAAAGUCACCAUAUGGAUCUUGACCUUAGAGGUGAUGAAAGAGUAUAAAACUGUGAUACAUCGAUGAUAGGAACUUGUCACCCACAGGAAAUUUGAGAGGGGUACAUGUCCUGCUUUACAGAAAGGAAUCUAAGCUGUCUCUCUUGUUCAGUAUUGUAUUUUCCGUGCCUAGCACAAGACUGAUACACAAUGAGUACUUGAUAAAUAAAGGAGUGGAAAUAUAGCUAUUAUAUAUCUAUAGUUAUCUAUUCAUCUAUCUAUCUAUAUAUCUUUCUGGUUAUUCAGCUUCCCCAUACCCUCUGCAAUCUAAGUUCUGCAAGUGUCAGGUGCUCAGCAAAUACAUGGUGGCCAUGAGUCCUACUCUCAUUCUUUCUGAAGAGAGAUGGAAUAGAAAAGUAUUCAGGUCCUCUGAGGGGAGCUUAGAAUUUCUAAGCUGGAUAGUGUUUCUCUGGCCAUUAUUCUGCCGACAUGAACAACCAAGCUCAGGGCCGAGGGAACUUUAUUCUGUACCAGGAAGAGAGCAUUCAGUGUUUGCCCUGGGAAAAGUGCCCCCAUUACAGUAGCCAUUCCCUGGAGUGCCCACUACCACAGUGUUUUCUCUCAAGAAGUUCCAAGAAGCAAGUGAAGGCCUGAAUACCACCACAGACCUAGGGACCUUGCAAGCACUUGAUAUCUCUCCUGCUAAUCCUCUCCACACUGAGGUAUAUGGAAUGAAAUGAUGAAGGAAGCAGUCUGGGCCCUCAUCCACACAUUUGUCUUUUUGUAGAAAGCCCAGGGCCAUGUUAAAUGGCUUUUUUUUUUUUUUUUACUUUUCACAAUGUGGGCUAGAGGCUUUCACAUUGGGGCCACACUGCUCCAGGGCCUAAAGGGAGGCCCAUUUUUAUGGGUUGCUCAGCCACAACCCCAUACACUUUGGAUGAUCUGCAGGAAAGUCUGGAAGUUUUGUACACUGAUUUGCUGAGAAUGGCAAGGUGAGACCUGUGGACUAGUAGCCUCAGUACACAGUGGAUAGCAGGAGGGAGCCUCUGAAGUGUUGGAGCAAAGUAAGGCCCGUGGGCUAAAGGGAUGUCCCCCACCCCAGUGAGAAGUAGGUCAGAUGGAAACUGUUUUGUGAUGUUGGUGGUUUCUCUUCCUUCCCUUGGCCUCGGAUUAUCUCCUGAGAACGUAAUGUGAUGUCAAGGGAAGGGUGAGGAAGUUGAAGGAUAUGGAUUUAUAGCUAUGUCAGAUCCUAGUUUAAGAUGUUGGCUGAGAAAACAAAAAUUAAAAAAAAUGUUGGCUGAGG